ACUGGAUAAAUUUACUUCAAGUUCAGCUGAAGAACAAUUUCUUUACUUGGAACGGAAAAUGGUUUUAGCUUUCGAGACCAACCCAACCUCCAAUGAAAAGAAAAUUUUCAACAACCUCGGGGGUCCUCAUGGAUUAGGUGAUCCUAAUGAUAGAUCCUUACGUCGCGUUGAAAAGGAAGUUAUGAUUCCAAAAAUCAUGAGAGAUCGAGCGAAAGAAAUGCAUUGCUCUAAAGAAGUAAAAGAAUUUGAAUCUUGUUGUAAAAACCAUAAUCUUCUAAUGGUAAUAAAAUGUAGACAAGAAAAUAGUGCCCUGAAAGAUUGUUUAGGGAAAUGGUAUAAGAAUGAGCAAUUUCAAAACGAAUGCAAAGAAAUAUAUUUAGAAGAACGCGCGGAAUAUCGUAGAACUGGAAUACCAAAAAAACAUCGCGUACAAAAAAUCUAAUAAAAAACAAGAAAAAUGUUUUGUAAAAAUCUAUUGUAAUGUUUGAAGCUUAUUGAAAUACAAAAUUAAUUAUUUCUAGAUA